UCAGGGCUGUCUGCCUUGUUACUGCUAAUGGCUCCAGCCUGCCCCCAACAGGUCCCUGUCCUGUCAAAAUCUGGGGGCCCUGGGCACCCCUGUCAUAUCCCCAAACUUUAAUUGGCUCCUGGAGACCUCAAACACACAAUCGGAGAUGGUCAUGCUCAUAUAGAGCACCCACAAACUCAGGUUUGAGGGAGAGAGGCUUCAACUGUAUGUCCGUCCCCUCUUCUGGGGAAGGCCCCUCACAUCCUGGCUUCAGGGAAUAGUCACGUGUGGGCCCUUCAUCAGACUCUGCUAUAUAAGCGGAGGGCACCAGGCAGCCAGGAAUGCUCGGGGCAAGGAUCCAGCCAGCAGAAGCCAUGCUGACUGCAAUGCUGAGCUGUGCCCUGCUGCUGGCACUGCCUGCCAUGGAGGGGGCCCAGAUGAGCUUGGCAGCCCUGGAGGGCAUCAGAAGUCCUGACGAGGCCCUGUUCUCAGAGCUGUCAGACCUGGGCCUGAGGCCUGAGCUGAAGAGGACAGCUGCAGAACAGGCAGAAGAGGCUCUGCUGCAGGAGGCCAAGGCCUUGGCAGAGGCGCUAGAUCCAGAAGAACGGGAGCCGCGCUCCGUGCGUCGCUGCGUGCGGCUGCACGAGUCCUGUCUGGGACACCAAGUGCCCUGCUGCGACCCAUGCGCCACGUGCUACUGCCGCUUCUUCAACGCCUUCUGCUACUGCCGCAAGCUGGGUACCGCCAUGAACCCCUGCAGCCGCACCUAACGGCUCAACGUCAGAGUCGGGGCUGUGACGGGGUAGGGGGCGUGAAUAAAGUUUGGGACCAACGGCAAGGCUGUGACAU